CAAACUAGUAAUAUUUCAACUCGCAAACCAAUUAAUUGUUUCAUCAAAUAACUCGACUCAGCUAAAAAGAUGAAGCCAGAUAUUUCCAUUGUUGGUAAAGAAGCGGCUGCAGGUGAUACCGAAAAGAACUUCGCCACAGAACAUAUGCCGGCACCUUCGCCUGUCAAAACAAAUACAAAGAAGUAUGCCAUAGUGGGCGUGUCAGUUGUCCUGGUUGUGCUGAUCGUAGUAGGCUCUCUCGUCGGUGCUAUGCACAUGAUUAGAGAAACACAUGAAGAUUUAAUAAGGGAGUACUCUGUCAUUGUGAAAGGUGGAAAGGACGGGGAAAGCGCCGAAACGGUCAAGGUGGAUAAGGAGAAAAGAACCACAGAGAUCGAUGACUCCAAACAACAGUCCUUUGUCUUACACGAUUUCAACAAGGGAGUAACAGUUAUGCGGACCCGUAUAGGUAAUAUCUAUGGGUGCUUCCUCAGCACUAUCGACAAAGAAGAGAUGAGUCCAGAGGCUGUUGAGAGCUACAUGGAGGCACAUCCGGACGGGACAUUUGAUAUUGAGCAACCAAAGAACGACUCAAGUAUCCCCCGGUUGAUGCCAGCUGAGGAGCCCGUUGCUGAGCGAGGUUUCCUGUCCGAUGCGAUACGCGAAGCUUGCGACGAGUUACCUCUGCAUUGGCUCGUGCCUGUUCGUGAGGAAUUGAUUAAUGAGCAUAUGAAUACUGAUAUCUCAAAAAGAUCGACACGAUUUAAACGAGGGUACCGAUGUGGUUGGAUCUGUAACGUUCGGUUGGGGUGCUGCCCAUGGAGGUACAGGUACUACUGUGGGUUCAGGUGCGUCUGGAGUUGGGGCAAAAAGUAA